AACACACAGUCCCACUGGCAUCCAGCCGUCUGCAUGCUGCUUCAUUUCUCCACACACCAGCUCUGGGUGAAAACCUAGAAGGGGUGUUGGAGAAAUUGAAAGGCGUCCAGAGAGGGUCGGCCCCCAACCCCCAAAAAAACCCCAGAGAACUCACAGAAUGGGAAAAUCCGAGAGCCAAAUGGAUAUAAUGGAAAAAACAACCAAGCCGAGGAAGCAUCACUGGACCGUAGUGGAGAUCGGCCUGUCCGUUAUAUUACUGCUGAUGAGCUGCGCUUUGGCGGGACUGGUCGUGCUUUACGCUUCAGCGCUCAAAGAUUAUUCAUAUAGAAAUGGUGCAACAAAAGGCCUGGAGUAUCGCAGGAACCCAGACACCACCGUGUGCACAACCCCAGACUGUGUCACUGCAGCGGCAAGGUUACUGCACAACAUGGACCAGAGCGUGGACCCGUGCCAGAACUUUUACCAGUACGCGUGUGGAGGCUGGCUGGAGAGGCACGUGAUCCCCGAGACCAGCUCGCUCCACAGCGUCUUCAACAUCUUGAGGGACGAGCUGGAAAUUGUGCUCAAGGGGGUUCUGGAGACACAAAGCGAACGUGACCGGGAAGCUUUCAAGAAAGCCAAAGUGCUCUACAGAUCGUGUAUGAAUGAGAGUGUGAUCGAGCAGCGCGACUCGCAGCCCCUCCUCAAGCUCAUUGACAGUAUUGGUGACUGGCCUGUAGCCUCUGAGGACUGGAACAGCACAGCAGAGGAGUCCUGGAGUCUGGAGCACAUGCUGGCGUCCCUAAACUCUCAUUACAACAAGAAGAUUUUGCUGGAAAUGUUUGUUUGGCCCGAUGAUCGAGACUCAAGCCGCCACAUCAUUCACAUUGACCAGCCAUCUCUAGGAAUGCCCUCAAGAGAUUAUUACCUCAAUGAUGGCAACUACAAAAAGGUGCGUGAGGCCUACCUGCAGUUCAUGGUUUCCAUGGCGAAAAUAGUACGGGAGGACAGGAACCUCACCCAGGAUGACGAGCGCGUGUGGGAGGACAUGAUGCAAGUGAUGGAGCUGGAGAGAGACAUCGCUAAUGCCACGUCUCCGGCCGAGGAACGCAACGACAUCACUGUGCUCUACAACAAAAUGACUCUGCGGGACGUGCAGGAGAGCUUUAACCUCGGCGGUUUUAACUGGACCCGUUACAUCCAGGGCAUCGUGGCAAGCGUUUCCAUCACAGUGCAGCCUGACGAGCCCGUCGUGGUCUACUGCUCACCCUACCUCGAAAAGCUCGACACCGUGCUUUCUAGAUACAACCGCAGGACUGUGCAGAAUUAUCUGGUCUGGAUGCUGAUCAUGGAGCGAGUCAGCAGCCUGAGUCGACGCAUGAAAGACGUCCGAGCUCACUACAGAAAGGCUUUACAUGGGACCACGGUGGAAGAGGCACGCUGGCGUGAUUGUGUGCGCUACGUCCAGAACAACAUGGAGAACGCAGUAGGGGCUCUGUACGUACGCGAGACCUUUGCUGGAGACAGCAAGCGCAUGGUUGGUGAAUUGAUCAAAAAGAUUCAGGAUUCUUAUGUGGAAACAUUGGAAGAGCUGAACUGGAUGGACGAUCAGUCGAAAGAGAAAGCAAGAGAGAAGGCGAUGUCUAUCUCAGAGCAAAUUGGCUAUCCGGACUAUAUCCUGCAAGAGGACAACGAGAAGCUGGAUCAGGAAUACGUCCACCUGAAGUUCAGUGAAGAGAGCUACUUUGAGAAUGUUCUGGAAAACCUUCAAGCAACUGCUCAGAAAGCUCACAAGAAGCUACGGGAACCUGUGGAUACAGAGCUGUGGAUCAUUGGUGCAGCUGUGGUCAAUGCUUUUUACUCUCACAACAGAAAUCAGAUCGUGUUUCCUGCUGGAAUUUUACAGCCUCCUUUCUUCAGUGAGAAACAGCUCCAGGCCUUAAACUUCGGAGGAAUUGGAAUGGUUAUAGGACAUGAAAUCACUCACGGCUUCGAUGACCAUGGUCGUAACUUUGACAAAGAUGGAAACAUGUACAACUGGUGGAGCAACUUCUCCACAGAGCAGUUUGAGGAACAGUCCAAAUGCAUGGUGCAGCAGUACGGCAAAUUCAACUGGAAGCUUGCAGGAGGUCAAAAUGUGAGUGGCAUCACCACUUUGGGGGAGAACAUUGCUGAUAAUGGAGGAGUUCGGCAAGCGUAUAAGGCGUACAUGAAGUGGGUGGAGAGGGAAGGUGAGGAGCCUCGUCUUCCUGGUUUGGACAUGGAUCAUAAGCAGCUCUUCUUCCUCAACUUUGCCCAGGUCUGGUGCGGAGCAUGUCGCCCUGAAUAUGCCAUUCAAUCCAUCAAGACCGACCCCCACAGUCCUCUGGAGUACAGGGUAUUGGGCUCCUUGCAGAAUUUUGAAGCCUUUUCCGAGGCGUUCCAGUGCCAGAGAGGUACUCCUAUGAACCCAGAGGAGAAGUGCAGAGUGUGGUAGUCUGAGUGGAAUCUAUAAGCUUCACUAUUUACACCAAGGCAGCAGUUUUAUAUAUAAUAUACUGUAUAAGCUGCCUUAAUGUGUGUCUGUUGCAAGAGAUAAGAAGGAGGUUAUUAUGAAAACUACAGAAACUGUGAGUCAUUAAAAAAGUCAUUAUAUGAGUAAGCAGAGGGCGAGUGCAAUGAAGGCGGGGUGGAAAAGAGACACUUUGAGUGUCGUGUCAUCACUUGUUGAGAUAUUUGUAUAUUUGUCUGUCAUGUGUUACAAUUCUGUAUUGAUUCCAGAUUAAGAGGCAGAUAUGAUAUACACAGCUGCCGCCUUUGAUAGUGGACACAUUUCCUAAUAUUCUGACAGAUUUGUCUAUUUUUAAUGUGUAUUGCUGGCUUUAAAUGUGGUGAGCGCUUUAGAGAGAAAGUAUUAAGCCUUUCACAAGAUCCAACUGUAGGGGAUCUACAACAAAGCUCAAGGCUUUGAAGCCCACGUGUUUCUUUAGGUUAGAAUUAAAACCCAGCACACUGGUUGUCUCUUUCGGCGAACGGCAGACUUAAAAAUGUUAUGGUGGAGACAAAAAACAGGAAAGAAAGAAAAAAGAUAUAUCUAUUGUAGGACAGAAAUAAACGACUUGCAGGUUGAAGUUUAUAGGCAUUAGUGAGCUGUGAAUGUGAGCUCUAGAGCCUCCAUCAGGUCAAACAAUUACCUGAAGACUUUAAGACUGUUAAAUUCAUGACGCUUUAAUUAUCACAUUUUACAUAUAUGUGGGAAAUAAUUUCUAAAAACAGCUUUAUUAUGUUGAACACAUUUAGUUAACACACUAAACAGGUAGGCUCACUAAUCUAAAUCACAAAAGGGUAGUAAAAUUAGUAAAAAUAGCUACAGUAUAGUUGUCCAGAUUUAUGCUUAUAUCACCAGAGAGUACCCCUGGAUUGAAAAGUAUGAUGUUAGAGGGUUAAAUCGUCUUAAAUCUCAGAUUCAUACAGGUUUAUAAAUAUUUAGCACUAAAUUUACAUUUUUAUUAGUAUUUAGUUACAAAACUGAUUCACAUGGACUGAGUGUGCGAUCUUGGCUUGAACAAAUCACCUAAUGUGAAAAUUAUGAGAGGAUGACAUGCUAGCUACAGAACCUGCAUACUAAGCUAACUCGCUAACUAGCGAGCUAAUGUUGCUAAUGUGAAAAAAAAAACUGUGCUUGUUACAGAUUUUUUUUGACAGAUUCUGAUGAGAGAGAGAAAAAAAACUUAGUAUAUGAUGAUGAGUCAAGAUUUGAUACUAAAAUCCCACUCUGCCUGUAUCUCCCUGUGACUAGCUAGUAGCAAGCUGGUUUACUAGCAUAAAUCGACUAGCUAAAUCGCUAACUGAGUUAAUGUUAGUGAUAAAAUUGUGAUCAAAUUGUGGUUGUUCUAGUAUGUUUGAGGUUUGGCUGCUAUUAAAUAAAUCACUGAGGAUAUGGAAAUGCAAAUCAUACCUCAGAUAUUAAAAUCUAACUUGUAUCUACCUGUGACAAAUAAAAGCUAAUGUUCUAUCAUUAACUAGCCUAACUAGUACUAGCUGUCUGUACUAACAGGAAAGCUCAGUGGACAUAAUUAAUUUGUAUUUAUAGAUAUUCAUAGAUAAUGGCAGUCUUUAUUAGUAGUUUUCUGAACAUUAAAUACAUAUUAAAUAAUCUAUUAUCCUACACAGAUUGGUUUAAAUAUUUUAAAAUGAGAACCAUGUUUAAAUCUGCAUUUGUGUAUCUAUCUUGUUAUAAAAUGAGAUUUUACUUCUAUAUACAAUAACGUUCGAGUAUUAAACAGAAAAUUCAAAGGUUUUCAUAUUAGCUAAGGCAGAAUGUUGUGAAACAUACUCUUUACAGGAAGAAAUGCAUAGAAAACCAUUAGUAAACAAUUAUAAAAGUGUUUUGUCAUGCUUUUGCUUAAAUUAGAUAUGACUGCUAAAUUUGAAUGCUAAUCUAAAUUAGAACUGUUGUGUUUACUUAGGAGGAAAAAAAAAUCUGUUAACCACAAGGUUUCCUGGUUAUUCUGUCCAUAUAAUGAGAAUAUUUUUCAUUAAUGACCCACAUGGUAAUAUUUUUAGACGCACAUUUUGAUCUCAAGAGGUUGUGAUUUAUUUCCCGCAUACCAGGUCGACCAUAAAGCUGUUUAUUUGACAUUCAGGUGGUGUCAUUUAUCACAGAAUCCACAGCCGACUGCUUUUGGCAUUGCUAAAUCAGGCACAUUUAGUUUACUGCAUCUCAGCAUGAGGGGUAUCAGAAGGGGAAUAACGAUCAAGGACUUUGAGGAGGACAGGCAGGUGAAGUGAAGCCUCUCGAUCUCUUAAAUUGAUCAGUUGCAGGAGGCGGCGUAGCAGAGCGUAGACGAAGGCCACUCCGCUGAGAUAGCGUCCUCAUUAGAGAAGUGGUCAGGGCCAGAGACUGUUCUCUUCCACCUUGAUUAACCAGUAAUGACAGCAGAACUAAACAAGACGGACGGAAGGGAAGAAAUGACCUGGAGAGCAUCAGCAAAAAGAUCAAACAGUGCAGGAACACGGAUGGCUUCAAGAGAAAACACGCUCUGAAAGCUUAGUCAAUAAGCAAGGAGGGGAAAAAACAAAUCUGGUUGCCAUGGACCAUUAAUUUAUGACUGUUAUCUCUCAUCACAGAGACUCUGAUUAACAGAAUAUUCACAUCUGCCUUUGAAGCUUUAUUGCCAGCCUACAAGUUCUACAGGACCAUAAUGGCUUGUACUGUUUGGAGGAGAUGGCUGGGUUACGAGGGUUCAGACUAAAUAAACAGGAAAGCGUGGUGUUCUUUAAAAAUCUGGGUUAAAAAAGUCACAAAUAUAAUAGUUGAUUUAGCUACACUUCAAAAAAAAUCUUGACUAUAUUCAAAUUUAUCUAAUAUUUCUUAUUAUAAAUAUGAAAAUAAUUGUUCUAAUUAAUAAUAAUAUUACUAAAUAUAAUAGUAAAUAUACUAAGAGUGUUAAACCUAUUUCUGAACAUUUUUCACUUAUUUCAAGCUUGAAAUUUUUUUUUUUUUCAUCUUGUGCAAGAUAAUCAGAAGGAAGCAAAAUUAUCUUGCAAUAAAAAAAAAAAAAAAUCAAGUUUGAAACUAAAUAAGCAAAAAUAUCCAGAAAUAGGUUAAUAAUCCUUUGUAUAGUUAGUCUAUUUACUAGUAUAUUUAGUAAUCAUAUUAUUUAUUAUAACUAUAGCUUUAAAUGAAUUGAAUAAUAAGUUUAAAAAUUUAAAUAUAAUGAUUAGUUACCCUAUUUCUGGACAUUUUUACUCAUUUUUAAAGUAUUUAUCUUUAGAAGGAAGCAAAAUUAUCUGCCAGUAGACCAAAUCAAUUAGUAAAAAUGUCCAGAAAUAUCUGUAAUAUCUGAUAUAUUAUAAUCUUAUAAUACCAGUGAUUAGAUAAAUUUGCAUUUAUUAAAGAUAUUUUCACUUUCUACAUAAAGAUGAAAUAAAAAUGUCAGUUAGGCUGGAUGUCACAGGAAAAUGUACAGACGAGUGACAAAUAAAAAGAAAAACCAACAUAAACCUUCAGAACAGCUUCAGGCUCUGGAUCUGUACAUGAGUGAUGAACACUGUUCUUCCAAACACUGGUGUUUUGAUGAUGAUGGUGGAGAGCGACGUUAACCCUACGCUUAGAUUAGCAAGUGACAAGUUGCUCAUGUCGCUUGUAGUUUGUUCCUUUUGAGGAACCAGAGGCACCGACGAUCUCUGCUUUAUUUUUCUUCAUAAUGUCUCUGUACACAUUUAACGAGAGGUUGUAAAUGACAGGAUAAGAUGAAAUCACGGUCAUAAGUCUUUUUGAGUGUCAAACAGUAAAUGGGAACCAGCUGCAGGUAGGAACUAAAUUUGUGAUUAAGGAACCAGAGGAUUGGUCUGAGGAAUCAUUUGAGUCAGUAGGUUGGAUUUGUUGCUUUACCAUGUCAUACCUAAUUUGUAUAGAAGUGAGAAAAUCAUGAUUCAAAUGUCGCUUGUUGUGCUGUCGCUUUGUUGCUUGCCAUUGUACCUGAAAUCGUGGCUCCAUGUCAUGCACGAACGUAGAAAAUGAACGAUCAGCUGUUGCAUGGUCGCUUGCUAAUGUGAACGUAGGUUAACACAUCACUCCCAGAUCUCUGACAGGUGUUCAGUUCAGCUGUGAUAUAUUGAGUGUGAAGGCCAUAGCAUACAAUUUAUAUCAUUUUCAUUCCCAUCAAACCAUUCAUUGAUCCCUUGUGUCCUGGGGAUGGGGAUGGAGUCAUCAUAGAAGAGACCACACCCACUAGGAUAGAAAUGAUUCAUCAUAGGAUAAAGGUGAUGAUGAUUAUUAUUAUUAUUAUUGUUAUUAUAGUAUUGAUUUACAGUGAUGCUCUCCAUAAGGGGACAAGUGGAGCCAAACCAUGCCAGAAAAAAUAAAUAAUUGAUGUUUUUUUAAUUCGUCACUCGUCUGUAUUUACACUUCUGUAUUGGAAAUGGUUCUAACUGCGGUCAGGGGAACGGAUGGUAUUUUAUAAAGUGUGUAUGUUACAGCCUUAAGUGUUUGUCAUAUGUAGUAUAAUUUUACCCUAUUAGGUGAUCACUCACCGUAAAUAUGUAAAUUUAUCCAUCUCCACGUACAUCAACAUCCCUCCAUAGGUUAGAAGAUGGCGUAAACACUUCAAACACACAAAGAGUCGAGUGUGUACAUUUUCAGAGAGAAUCAUGUAUACGAAAUUCAAGGGAAACAUUCUGUGCCAAGAACUGCUAGUAGCAUUUUAAAUGCCACGGCUUUGGAAAGUAGGUUAAAAAAAUAUGUUUUGUACUUUGUGGACCUUUAAGA